AUUCGGCACACAGAUGCACACAACAAGAUUCAGGAAGAGUCGGAAAUGUGGAAGAUCAGAGAAAAAGAGAAGCAAGCAAGUAAGAUGAGGUUCCACCGCCAGCGGAGGCCGUCCGCGAGCUUGCCAGGGCGAAAAGGAGCGUGUCGCAGAAGCCAGCCUGUUGAGAACCAGGCGGAUUUCGGGAAGCUGGGAGAGCAAGAGAGGAAGGAAAUGAUAAAAGUGGGCGCAGGAGCGGGGACCAGUAGCGACCUUCGCAAGGGGAUCCGAAAGCACUUCCCUGCCGUGUGAAGAGGCCCUGAGCGGCCACAAAGGCAAAUGCUUACUCCCGCCGCUGAGAUGUCAGACGAAUGCACCAAGUCGGUACCCGCCAAGGGGGAUGAUGAACAGGAUGCGCUGCGAUGGGUACGACGAAGAGGACGAAGGCGCCGAGGCAAAUUUCGCCGCUCGGAAGGUUUUCGCCUCCCCGCAGGAUGAGCGAGAAAGCAGAUACUGGACAAAGAAGCUGUACGAGUUCGAAGCAAGUGACCCAAACAGGUGGGGUCACAGCGGCUACAAGGAACUUUACCCGGAGGAGUUUGAAUCUGAAGGUGACCGAAGUGACAGCGAGGAGCUCCCGGCCAACGGGGCAAAGCCCGCGCCCGCGAAGCCCCCGAAGUCCGCGCCGCGGAAGCGCAAGCGGUCGAGUAAAGCCAGCAAGAAGAAACGCAAGAAGAAGUCGAGGAAGAAGCUGCGGCGGAAGAAGAGCCUGCAGUGCGGCGGGUCCUCCAGCGAGGAGGAGGAGGAGGACUCCGACCGCAGGAGCAGGGCGAAGGCCAAGAAGAAGCGGCGGCGGAAGGAGGCCAGGAAGUCGAAGGAGCCACCCCUGGGCUCCGGCGAGAGCAGCUCGUCGCCCGGCCGAGCCUCCGACUCGAGUAGCGGGGACGAAAGCGACGCGGGGAGCCGGCUGGGCAAGAGGAGGAGGGGGAAGCGCCGGAGGAGCGCUCCCAAGGGAGGGGCUGACGAGGAGGCGGAGGGCGGCAGGAGGCGGCACCGGAACUGGAAGCUCGCUCGGAACGACACUUCAGACGACAGCGGAGACGACGACUUGAAUUAGGCGACCCCGGCCUGCCGUCCUCCUCCUGGCGGCCGAGAGACCUCGCGGACUGAAAACAGCGAGGAGCCGGCGCCGCCCAGGGCUCUCGGGCGGCUGCCGCCUCUCCCCGAACCCCGCUCACGGAGCGAUUCGACGUGGAGCGUAAGAGGAGGGGGCGGGUGGGGGGUUGGGACUCGCGCAAAGCAGCGUUCAACUUGCUGGCCUCCCGGCUGCCGGACCGCGGCCGUGGCAAGGCUGGGCAAACGGCGGCCCCUGUACACCUCGGCCCUUCGAAGCAGAGGUGCCACACGUCCGCCGGGAGGGGCGAGGGUCUGUCUUUAACAAGACCAACGUGCGGCUAUUCUCCCCCACCCCCCCCAUCGUCUCCUGUGUGAACCUGUAAUUCCGCCAGCUGCCGGCCGAUUUAAGUACGCUUGCCGCCCCCACCCCCCCCCCCCCGAGGAGACGUGCGAAGUGAAACCGCGUCCAGCGAGCGCCCACCCUGCGAUUUAGAGUUCGCGCGCAGGAAUGCAGCCAAACGAAACGGCGUUUGCCGGGUCCAAACCGCGGAGCCAGCAGUCACUCACAGCACGCACAAUCACGAUACAGUCAAAAGGAAAACCCACACGGACACGGGUUAGGUAUGCGUGUAGCCCAAGUCCCUGAGGGACGUCGGCCUCAAACAGUGCCUCAGCUUUUGCCUACGCGCAGCCGGAAGCAAACGUGAUCCGGCUCGUCUUCCUCCGGGCCCACUGGGGUCCAGAGCGAUGCACUCUCAAAAUCCUGGUGGGGGGGGCUCAGAGCUCAGCAGGUCAGUCAGCACCGGAGGAAACUUUCAAAAAAAGACAGGCGCUGUUUCGGAUAGGAAGGGGGAAGAUGGGGGGGGGGGUGAGGGGAAGAGGUCAAGAUAGGUGAAGUCGGGUGGGAUGGGAAAGGUAAAGGGCUGGAGAGGAAGGAAUCUGACAGGAGAGGAGAGUGGGCCGUGGGAGAAAGGGAAGGAGGAGGGACACCAGGGAGAGGUGACGGGUGGGAAAGGUAAAGGGCUGGAGAGGAAGGAUUCUGAUAGGAGAGGAGAGUGGGAAGGAGGAGGGGACCCAGAGACACGCACAGAUUCACACUGGAGGAACUCAGCAGGACAGGCAGCCUCUCUGGGAAAGUGUAGACAGUCGAUGUUUCUGGCUGAGACCCUCCAGCGGGGCGUGUCUUGAUGAACGUUGACUGUUUUCUCUUUCCCAGAGAGGCUGCCUGGCCUGCUGAGUUCCUCCAGUGUCUGGUGUGUGUCACCGCUGCAGACUGAUGGAGCGCGGCAUGUUGGUUGCUGGUCGGGCUGAAAUCACCUGUCGUCUGUGAGUGUGAAUUUCUGCUUCUGAAGCCCUUGGUGUGCCCUGGACCAGAAGGGCUUGCUUGUGUCAAUAUCAAAGCUCAAAGCCCCCUGAAUUGCUCCCAUGAGUAGACGUACAGUAGAAACUGUUUAGUUGCUGCCUUCCCCUCACCCCCCCCAUCUCAUUUGAUUAAUUUUUAGCGACUGACUUUUCCCGACUUAAUUGCUCCGGAUUUUGUUCCUGGUCUUUACGUAUUCUUUGCGAAAUCCACUGACUUCCCCCAGGGCAAAAGCUGGUGAGGUGGUGAAUGCCGGGGAGCGCUUUGCUUAAAAAAUGUAUAUCCAAGGCAAAAUGGCGUGAUUUUAACUUCACAAGACAAAGUAGUAGGCCAUUCAGCCCAUCGAGUCUGCUCCAGCACUCCACCAUGAGCUAAACUAUUCUCCCGUCUGGUUCCAAUUUCUGGCUUUUUCCCCAUAUCCCUUGAUACCCUGACUAAUCAGAUGCCUGUCAAUCUUAAACGCCCUCAAUGAUCGGGCCCCCACAGCUGUAAGUGGCAACGAAUUCCAUAAAUCCAAGACCCUCUGGGUCAAAAAGAAUUUCUCCUCGUCUCUAUUUUAAAUGGGUACCCUCUAAUUCUCAGACUGUGACCUCUUGUCCUGGACUCACCCACCAAACUACAUCUACUCUGUCCAACCCUUUCACCAUUCUAAAUGUCUCUAUGAAAUCCCCUCUCAUUCUUCUGUACUCUAAUGAAUUACGGUCCAAGAGCCGACAAACGCUCCCCUGCAUUCCAGGAAUCAUCCUCGUGAAUCUUCUCUGAACUCUCUCCAACAUCAGCACAUCCUUUCUAAGAUAGGGGGCCCAAAACUGCACACAGAUUCCAAAUGGGGUCUCACCAGUGCCCCAUAGAGCCUCAUCAGCACCUCCUUAUUCUUAUCCGCUAUCCCUCUCGAAACGAAUGCCAACAUAGCAUUCGCUUCCCCGGUGAUUAACCUUUAGGGUAUCCCGCACGAGGACCCCCAAGUCCCUUUGCACUUCUGAGUUUUGAAUUUUCUCCCCAUCUAAAUAAUAAUCUGCCUGAUUGUUUCUUCUUCCGAGAUGUGCAACCGUACAUUUCUCAACAUUGUAUCUCAUCUGCCAUUUCUUUGCCCGCUCCCCUAAACUCUCUGCAACCUUUCCGUCUCUUCAACACUUGCUGCUAACUCCGCCUGUCUUGGUGUCGUCCUCAAACUUGGCCACGAAGCCACUUAAUCCGUAGUCUCGGCUGUUGGCGGGGACUGUGGGGGGGGGGGGGGGGGGUUGUAGGCUCAGGCUCAAAUCCACGACUGCGUUCCUUCAUGUGGAUCCAUCAGGUGCAGUCAGUCGGAUUUUCCAGCAAAGGAGACUCUGUGCAGAUCAGUUAAACGUUUAUUUUAUUUAGAGAUCGGGGUGAGAUACAGUUGGGCCCGGUUCCACUGACGCCAACUGCCUCCCAGUCGGGCAGACAGCCGUUGGGGCAGCAGUGAUCUGAUUUCAGUUCCUGCUCCCCGUCUCGGGAGUUGGCACACACACUCCCCCUGCAACUGCGGGGGCUCCCCCUUCCUAGCGGUGCCAGGCCAGUGAUAACCCCGAGUUAGUCCCAGCCUGAUCCCGGAGCAGUGAAUCGCUACGCUAGCUUAACGCCUCGGGAGUUGUCAGCUCCUGCUCUGGGGUUUGUUGACGGGAUCGUGGCAGCCCUCAGCCACCGAGGGAGCAGGCUUUUCAGUCAAUUUAAAGCCCCUUCCCUCACGUUCCUGAUUCCCUAUUCCAAAGUGAGGAGGCCGCACGUUGGUCGAGUUUGAUCAUGGGAAUUGUGUCCUGGCUGUCUAGAUAUGCAGGCCAGGGCAGUACGAUACGGAGAGUGAGUGUUACCCCGUGUAUCAGGCUCCCCCUCGCCACGCAGCCGACGAAACCCAGAGGAACGGCGGAGGCCGAUACGGUCCGGCACCGGCGGCGUCGCAAGAGUUGCAGGUCAGCGUCGAACUGCCUCAGGGACUCCAGCUCCGGAUUUUUCCCCCGCGGGCUCCUCUCCCCCGCAAGCGGGUAACAGCGGAGGUUUGAGAUCAGAGUUCUCCCUUCCCCGGGUGAGCUGACGAACCCCCGUCUGCCCGGAGCGACCGGCUUUGAGGCGCCGGUGACCCGCCUUUCAAAAGUGACCCGGUUGAGUGAGAACCCCAAACUUUGCUGAGUUUAAUUUUGGGAGAUCUUCGAUCAUGAAGUUGAAGUGGAAUUUUAAAACGUGACAUUUUCUUUGACCGGGAGCAGCCGAGAGAAUUUCGAUGACGUUCUCUGUAUAAACCUCAGGCCCCCACCUGAACAGUGUUACCCGCGUUUCGACAGCGUCCUUGCAUCGCACUUUCUUACCGACCGAUACUAUAUUUAUUGGUAAAUAUUUGCAGCUCUGAAAGGCCAGGCGAUAAAUCCUGAAUCUUACAUUCUGGUAAGCAGUUAUCCUUGAAAGUCUAGACUCCCCCCUGCUUCGAGUCCAGCUGCUGCGGCUUAACCUUCAGUUUUUUAUGCAGCAAGGUCACAACAAACACAGGGCGAGCACCCCCUUUAUCCGAAACACUUGGAGCCAAAGAUUUCGGACUUUGCAGUAUUUGCAUCCGUGCUGUGAGUUAGCGUGAGGGGACGGGACCCAAGUCUGAACAGCAAAUCCACUCGCGUUGCACGUCCGGCGUUGCACAUGUAUCCCUGAGGUAGUCUUGCAUAAAACUUCUGAUGAAUUCGUGCGUGAUGCCGUUGAGCCGCCGGGAAGGUGAGGCAGCACUGCCCCAGCAAGACCCGCCUACCAAUACCUAUCGGUGUUGUCUUUUCCCGUGUUGCUAAGUGACAAGAAGUUCCCCCCCCCCCCACCCCCCAAGAGAUCCAUUUUGUAUUUGAUCUUCAGAAUAUUAAACUAUGUUUAUAUUG